AUGGUUACAGCCAUCGCCUCAAUAUCAACGACGGAGAUCCCACAUCUUCAUGUGGUCUCGGACUUUCAAGUCUUCUUAUCAACCAUCACUUUAAGUGAUUCUAUCAACAACCAUGCAGGAGUUCCUCAUGACUUUAGAGACUCAAUCUCUUUGUUGUCUCCUGUUAAAUUUGAAUGA